CACACUGGCCUGUCUGGCCUCCCGGACCCUGCUCCCCAAACCUCCUGCUUCCUCGGCCCCUCCUCUCUUUGAGCCCAGACCGGAUUUGGUCUCCCAGGCUCUGGCUUCCCCUGAGCUGGCCCUGGGGGCUCCAUUCCAGAGCCCUUCCCUUCUCCACCUUUUCCCUCCCUCCUACACAAAGCAGUCAGUCUAUUGGCUGGAAUGAUAAUGUGUGGGUUAGUUCUGUGGGAGGGAGGCUGAGGACCAGGAGGGGAGCUCUGACUCAGGAGCCUUGGAGGCUACUGGUCUCCUCCCCUCCGGACUCCCUCAGGCCCCUGUAGCUCUGGGCUCUCUGGAGAAGGAUGGGGAGAGGAGGGAGGAGAAGAGGAGUAAAAGAUGGAGGGGAGCAGCCUUCCUCUGCAGACCUCAUACUUUCCAAUCCUGACCCUCCUGCAUUGAUUUUUUAUCCCCCCCCCUUAGGCAAUUGGGGUUAAGUGACUUUCCCAGGGUCACACAGCCAGGGUUAAGGUGUUAAUUUGGACUCGGGGCCUCCUGAAUUCCGGCUGGUGUCUACCCACUGCCACCCCUAGUGCCCCCUCCUGCACUGGUGCAGUCUCUCCCCUGAGGACAAGACCAGGGCCUUGUAACUCCUGGAGGACCUCAGCUCCAUGAAUCCCCAUAGGCUUUUCUCCUGCUUAGAAAGGAGGGGAAAGUCCUCUCCUCCUCUGGGAUGUUUCUCCCUCUCCAGCUUCUUGUGAGCAAGGACUGGCCCAGGCAGGGAUUGGGUCAAAGACAGACGCCCAAAGUGGGGUGAAAUUAACACAGUUUUACUGUCAGGGCCCCAAAGACCAGUCUCCCAGGCUGUGCACACCACGGCAAUCGGCCUGGGACCAGGAUGAGGGAAAGCUGGGCUUUUCUAUGCAAAGGUAAAGAAGGGAGGGGCUCUCCUGGAGCUCCUGGCCUUCUCUUGGUUUUCAGUGAGGCUUAGAAUUAAAUCCCCCAAGGUUAGGUGUGACCUCUGCUUGUGAGAGCAUUGGCUAUUGUCACUUCUGUGGGUCCUUCAAGGGUGGGAGCAACAGGACCCUGAGAUUAAGACCAGGGACCAGAGGGAGGAACUUGGCAAAAUGGAGUCACUUUGGUUGCUUUGCUACCUCCACAGGGAGCCAGGAGUCAGAGGCAAUGGGCCCUGGGAGCCUGGGACCUCAUCCUCAGGAGAUGGUGACGUUCAAGGAUGUGGCUGUGGAUUUCAGUAAGGAGGAGUGGGGACUCUUGGAACCCUCCCAGAAGGAGCUGUACAAGGAGGUCAUGGUGGAGAAUGCCAGGAACCUGCUAUCCCUGGGGCUUCCAGUUCUCAGAGAAGAGGUGACCUCUUAUUUUGAGCAAAGGGAAGCACUGUGGAUGCUGGACCAAGAAGGCUUGAGGAAAUGCUCUCCAGAGAUCAGACUCAGACUGAAGAAAAUUCCUGCAGAGCUAAGCUCAUUCUAUGUUCGAAACUCACAAGCAAAGACUCAUGUAUGAUGGUCCCUCUAACUUUACUUGAGAGAAAUCUGUGCAUCACAUGAGAGAAUCCAGAUUAAAGAGAGAGAUUGUGGAGGAAACCAAUGUGGAAAACGUUUUGUAAAAAGGAAACUCUCAUUGUACAUCAGAGAAUCCACACUGGAAGGAAGUCUU